AACGAUAGCAAUCCUCGACAGUGCUUUUCCAGCUCUCGAGGUCGAAUGAUCGGUCUUUUUAAAACCUAAGUUAAAAUAUAUCUUCUUCUCUCUAUCUAAAACUCUUUCAUAUUCAGAGUGAUCCGAAUCGUUGAUCGUUUAGUAUCUCGUACUGUCUUAUCAGAAAGUAAAAAGAUUAAAAAAAGAAGAAAAAAAAUUAAGUAAACAAAAAAGAAAUAAAAAAAGGAAAAAAUAAUAAAAAUAUAAAAAUAAAAAAGUGAAAAGAGAGAAUUCGAUCGGAAAGAAAUUUGAUUGAAUUCUCAUAAUGAAGCUAAUCUUUCUUUUAUUCUGUGCCAUCGUUCUUCUUCUUGGAUAUCAUGGUGCCAAUGCUAUCCAGUGUUACGUAUGUAACAGCAAUGACGACAGCCGAUGCGCAGACGAUAUUCCACCGGAUGCAUUGAAAAAAGAUUGUGGUGAACUGAAGGAUGGUCCGAAGUUUACAAUGUGUCGAAAAAUUACUCAAGUCAUUGAGUUCAGCGUUAAUGGACUGCCAGCGAAUACCCGAGUGAUACGUAGUUGUGGUUGGAUCGAAUCGACUUAUAAAGGUCGAUGUUAUCAAAGAAGUGGUUUCGGUGGUCGACAAGAAGUUUGUUCAUGCUUGGAUGAUUAUUGUAACGGUGCGACGACAGGUGUCGAUCAACCACCGAAAACAUUUAUCUUAUCUUGUGCUCUUGGUGCCAUUCUUCUUGCAAUUGCACGCAAUUAGGCCAAGAAAUACGACGUGACCCUUCAUCGAUGCCUCAUUCUGAGUUUUAUCAGCACCACGACAUAAACGACGACGACGACGAUGAUGAGACGAUGACCAACGAUGGAACUUCGCAUGAUAAAUUUUCAACAUCUCCAUCAGUUUGAUAAAACGACAAUGAUGACGAUGAUGAUAAUGAUAAAAAUAAAGAUCAAGUGUGGGAAAAGAAAAACAAAAAGAAAAGAGAAGGAAAAAAUUUUGCUGAAUAUCAUCAAAGAAAAAAAAGAAAAAGAAAGUUUCUUUGAAGAAAAAUUAAAGAAAAAAAAAUAAAAGAAAAAAUAAAUAAUGGUAAAAAUGAUAGCAUAAUUUUUAACGCGAUCGUCAACCAUUUUUCCACCAUUAUUAUAAAAUGAGAAUUCGUAAGAAAAAAAUCAGAAAAGAAAGGAAAACUGAAAUAAUAAUAAUAGUAAUAAUAAUAAUAAUAAUAAUAAUAAUAAUAAUAAUAAUAAUAAUAAUAAUAAUAAUAAUAAUAAUAAUAAUAAUAAUAAUAAUAAUAAUAAUAACAAUUGUGCGAUGUUUCCUUUUCGUCUUUUCUACUCGUCGAAGGGCCGUUGUUUCUAGAUUUAUUAAAACGUGUACGGUCGUUCCGAGGUCCUAUGAAGCUCAUAAUAGAAAAGGAAAGAAAAGAAGAAAAAAAAAUAAAGAAAGAAAAAGAUAAAAAAGAAAACAAGAAAGGAAGUGAGAUAUCAAGGACGAAGAGAGAACGAAGCUCUAGACAUUUCGCGUACUAUGGUUUUGCGAGAGAAUAAUGAGAAUAUGUUUUUCUUUAUUCGUCUCAAUAGCGCCGAAUAUUCGUGUGAUUUUAGAUUAAACGUUUGACUCAACAGCUCGACGUAGCAAAUAAUAUAAACAAACACACACAUACAGGCAUAUGCAUACAAACACAUUUAUGUAUGAUUGUUAUCUUUAUAAUCUUUUUUUUAUGCUUUUCUUUGUUCUUCUGUUAAAUAAUCUUAUAAAGAGAGAGAGAGAGAGAGAGAGAGAGAGAGAGAAUGUGUGUGUAAAAGAGUAUGAGGGAGAAAGGGUGAAAGAGAGAGAGAGAGAGAGAGAGAGAGGAAGAGAGGAAGAUACAAAAAUAUCUCGAAUUCAUUUUCUAGCACAAUAAUUCUCAUUUUAAAUCAAAUUAUUUGUAUAACACAAAAAAAUAUUUUAUUCAACAAUUUGAUCUCUCUAAUUUCUAAUCCUUGAAUAAAAUAAAGCAAUGAAAAGAUUCUAUCGUAUAUAAAAAAAGCUACAAAUUUUAUUAUUGUAAUGUACAAAAAUUGUAUUAUUGAUGACGUAUUUUUUCUCCAAGGUUAUAUGUCAAAAACAGAGAAGCAACAAAUUAUUUGUAUGGAGUACCUAAGUAAAAUAAGUUGUUACAUUGUAUCAUACAUAUAAAUGAAUAGACACACACACACACACACACACACACACACAUAUAUAUAUACAUACAUAACUUACAUAAACUGUGUUCAUUCAAGAAAUUUUAUUGCGUAGAGAGCUUUAAUAAUAAAGAAAGAGAGUGAGAGUGAUAGAGAAUGAAAGGGAAAGCGUAUCAUCUUAUCAAGUUCGGACUUUUGAAAUCUAUAUGUCCGAUGUUAGUAUCGAUACGUUUUUAAUUACGAAAGUAAGAUAGAAAUUUAAUAUAUAAUAAUAAUAAUAUAUAUACAUAAUGGGAGAUAUUAUAUAUAAGGAACGUUAAACGUAUUCCAAUCCAUCUCAAAUCCACGAUUAAACAAUUGCGAUGAACGAUUUGCGCACGUUAAUUUGAUUAGCACUUUAAUUAAUAUCAUUAUCUCUUGUUAAGAAUUUUUACAUUCGACCGAUCGAAUCGAUUUGAUUUUAUUCGAUUCGAUUCGACCCAAUUAAUCGAUCGAUCGUUCUUAUUAAUUACAUUUAUUUCACCCCUUUUUUUUUGUAGAAAAAAAAUUAUCGUCGACGUUCACAUGUAUUUUAUCGCAUCUUGUUAAUUUUAAUAAAAAUCUACAAGCAGA